CAUGGGACUCUGUUUGCUCGUCCUGACCCAUGUGAGUCAUAUGAGCGAGAGACAGACGAAGAAGAAGAGGAGAAGUGGAUUAUAAAGAAAAGAUGGAGGAACUGUCCCGGUGGGUGAGGGAGGCCGGGCGGUUCAUAAGGAGGUGUUGCUGUGGUGAGGAAGAGGAGAAUGAAGAGGAGAAAGGGAGGAGGGAGGAAGAGGAGGAAGAGGAGGAGGUGAAGAUGGAGGAGCUCAGCUUCAGAAAAAGCAGGAGUUCGACUUCUCUCCCACCUGCAGAGUCGGAUGCGUACCAGUUCAGCUCGUCCCCUUCCGGAUCCCAGCCUCACUGGUUCCAGACUCUGCAGGUCCGACGCUUUCGGGUGCAGCGAGGACGAAGCAACAGCGACCCGCUGAGAGGGAACAGCCAACCGGACGAGUUCACCUGGAAAUCAGGUCUUCGGUUUGGAACGGAGAACUCGUACCUGAGUCUAGAGAAGCUGGGUGAAGGAGCGUACGCGUCGGUCUAUAAAGGAAUCAGCAGGAUCAACGGGCAGCUGGUGGCUCUGAAGGUGAUCAGGAUGAAAACAGAGGAAGGAGUUCCGUUCACAGCCAUCAGAGAAGCCUCUCUGCUUAAAGGCCUGAAACACGCCAACGUUGUCCUGCUUCAUGACAUCAUCCACACCAGAGAGUCGCUCACGCUGGUGUUUGAAUACGUGCAAACAGACCUGGCUCAGUAUCUGACCCAACACCCAGGAGGUCUGCACUCACACAACGUCCGGAUCUUCAUGUUCCAGCUGCUGCGAGGUCUCUGCUACAUCCACAGCCGGAGGAUCCUCCACAGAGACCUGAAGCCUCAGAACCUGCUCAUCAGCUAUCUGGGAGAACUCAAACUGGCCGACUUUGGUCUGGCUCGAUCCAAGUCCAUCCCCAGCCAGACGUUCUCCUCUGAGGUGGUGACUCUGUGGUAUCGGCCCCCCGACGUCCUGCUGGGAUCCACAGAUUACUCCACGGCUCUGGACAUGUGGGGCGCCGGCUGCGUGUUCGUAGAGAUGCUGCAGGGGGGCGCCAGCGUUCCAGGAGUCAGUGAUGUGUUUGAACAGCUGCAGAAAAUCUGGACGGUCGUCGGCGUCCCGUCUGAGAACAGCUGGCCUGGAGUCAGCCAGCUGCCCAAUUAUAAACCAGACUGGUUCCUUCACUCUGAGCCGAAGCAGCUUCGCAGCGUUUGGAAAAGGCUGAACCAGCUUCCCUAUAAGACGGAGGAUCUGGUCCAGAGGAUGCUGACGGUCCGACCCGCAGACCGGAUCUCAGCGCUGGACUCUCUGAAGCAUCCGUACUUCAGCACGCUGCCUCCUCCCAUCAUGCACCUGAGAGACACCGUUUCCAUCUUCAGGGUUCCAGGUGUCGUUCUGGAGACGGAGGUCCGAGACAUCUGCAACCCGGGACGCAAAGUCAGGCCGUCUCUGCUGCCUGCUGCCAAGUGCUGGUGACGAGGGGCCCAGACCCCGAGAACCCGAGACCCCAAGAACCCGAGACCCCCCCCCCCCGAUGAGCCGAUGAGCUCCUCCAGGUCUGAAACUGAUACGGGUUGAAACAUUUCUCUGAUUAAAGAUGUUUUAUAGCUGUGGAUCAUUUAUCUUCUUCUUCUUCUUCUUCUUCUUCUUCUUCUUCUUCUUCUUCUUCUUCUUCUUCUUCUUCUUCUUCUUCUUCUUCUUCUUCUUCUUCUUCUUCUUCUUCUUCUUCUUCUUCUUCUGUUUGAUGGAAACGAGCUGAGUCAGCAG